AUGGCCUGCCUCAGUGGCGGCCCGGCGCUUCACCUCCGUUCACUUGGAGAUUUGCCCAUUCUGAACCUCGCCAAUGGCCCUGUUCGUCAUCCAGAUUGCUGCUUGAGCUUGUCGUCCAAAUUGCUCACCAUUCUCGCGGACGUUUUCCCACGGUCAUACCCGCCAUCAUCAACCGUUCUUUCUGUCGGCAGUGGCAGCGGUCUCCUGGAAGCCUUUCUGUUCGAUCAUGCACAAAACACUCUCAACGUCGAGGGCGUGGAAGUGCAUCAGCAGGAUGACACCCAGGUCAACAGGUACCUGCCUGAGCCGUGCUACCACACCGUGCGGGGGACGUGGGAUCUCUCACCACGACUACGCGAUGCAGAUGUUCGUGGACUGUUGUUUGUCUACCCACGCCAGGUGGAUUUGGUACGUCGCUACGUUGAGGCCGCGUCUUCUUCGCAAGCGCAGCACGUCGGCCACAUUGUCUGGUUAGGACCGCAGGCCGACUGGGCAGAUUUCAAGGUGGCCUUUGCUGGGGUCCGCGACUCUGAUCUGAAGAUAUUGAGCGGCGAGGAAGCUGGACUGGAGGAAUUUGAGAUGAUGGCGAUUCUGCAGAGGACUGGCGAUUGA